AAAUUGAAAGUUCUAUACUAAAAUAGUGAAGUAAAAAAAAAAAAAAAAAACAAUUUAUGUUCAAGAAAAGCAAAAAAAGAGAGAGAAGAACAAGUCUCUGGUCUAGCUACCAGACAAAACAUGUCUUCCAAUCUUAUUCUCAUCUCCCUUAUAAUGACUCUCUCUUCUCUGGUCAAUCAAAAUAUUAUCUCAUCAUAACAAAACAAAACCCUUCUCUUGCUUUUUCAAGAUUCUCUCUUUCUUCUUUCUUCCCCCACAAAUCUUGUUCUACUCUCGCCGGUUUAAAUGGCGCCGGUGACGGAGCACCAGAGUUCUUUCCUUAGUCGAAUCAGCCGUCGUAACCAGAUCGUUUCCAUGGACGUUAAUCACGAGCAAGAGCUUGAAGAACUCGAAGACUUCCAAAAACACGUAGCCGAGCGUUUCUCCGAGUUACUACCGUCGGAUUCGCCGGAAUCUUUCCCGGUUCUUUCGAUCCAGUGGCUAAGGAAGCUUCUUGAUGUGUUCCAGUCUAUAGAAACAGAGUUCCACUCUGUUCUGACGACGAAUCCGUCUCAGAUCUCGAAACCGCCGUUGGAUAAGCUUGUACCGGAGAUGCUAGACCGGAUUGUUAAGGCUCUUGAUAUUUGCACCGCCGUGGUCAACGGCGUUGACUCAGUCAGACAAAUCCAGCGGCUUGCGGAGAUUGCUGUUACGGCGUUGAAACAAACGCCGUUGAGUGACGGAAGCGUUAGGAGAGCUAAACGAGCUCUCAGUAGCCUCCUCGCCGCUUUAAACGCAGAUAAAAUCAGCGGCAGCGGCGGUGGAAGUGGGAGGAGGUCAACUUCGGAACAGUGGUCUUCCUUUAGCCGUCGUAGCGGCGGAAGCGGAAGCGGAGGAGGGUGUGUGAGCAAGAACUGGUCAGCGGCGAAGCAGAUUCAAGCAAUGACAACGAAUCUCGUGGCGCCACGUGGCGGAGAGUCGUCGCCGAUUUAUAUAAUGAGUAGCGUGAUGGUCACGGUGAUGUGGACGUUAGUUGCGGCGGUUCCUUGUCAAACAAGUAACGGCUUAGCCGUUCAUUUACCGUUGCCUAAGAAUCAAAUUUGGGCCAGCGCCGCCGUGAGCAUCUCGGAGAGGAUCGGAGAAGAGAUGAAGAAGAAGGAGACACGUUGCGGUGGAUUGAUGGAGGAGAUGCAGAGGAUGGAGAGGAUAGGGUUGAAGCUGAUGGAGUUUAGUGAAGGGUUUAGGUUUAAUGGGGAGGAGGAUGUGACGGCGGAAGUGGCGGAGAUGGAGGAGAUAUGUCGGAAAAUGGGAGAUGGGCUUGAAGGGUUACAAAGAAGAGUUAGGGAAGUGUUUCAUAGGUUGGUUAAAAGCAGAAGUGAGAUUCUUGAAGUGAUUGAUCAACAUCACUGAUUUGUAAUCUUUUUAACUCUUUUGUUGAGAAAAAUCUAAUCUUUUGGGUAAUCUCUUUUGAUUAAGUUAAAAGAGAAUCAAUAUUUGAUUGUUUUAUUUAUGUGAUAAAUCUUUUGACGUACAUACUUUACAGUUCGUAAUCAUA